AUGGAGUGUGCUAUAUGUCAACAACGGAUUGUGGAGCAAUUCGCUUUGAAAGCGAUUGGAAGGUAUUUCCAUGAUGAAUGUUUGAGGGUGAGUAUUGGGUCGAUUUUGGCGAAGGAAGGAGUGAAAUGGUUGUAAUUCUGAGUACUAUAAUAUAUUUUAAGUUUUUAUGGCACAUUUUAUAGGUUUAGUGUUUUUUUUGGCUUACUUCUGAUAUUACAGUUGAUAUCAAGUUGGGUUCCGGCACGAAAUCCUUUAAUUUUCUAAAUUUAAUGUUUGUAAUGAAUUUUAACACUAAUACUAUAACUCUAUGUUAAAUUUUACGUAAAAAUAUAGCUUUUUUCUUCUUUUAGUGCUCAUGUUGUAAUGGAGUAUUGGCCGAGAUCAGUCGUAUCUUCUAUCAUCGUGACAUGUUGAUCUUAUGCUUAACCGAUUACAUGCGUUUAUAUGGUAAAUGGGGGCAUUGUGAACGAUGUGAAAAGCUCAUAGCACCAGUGGAAUGGGUUAUCAAGGUGAAUGAGUAUAGAUUUCAUGUGGAUUGCUUCGAUUGUUAUGACUGUAAGACGAGGUUUUGUGUGGGUGACACCUGUUAUGUUAAGGAUAAUCGAAUAUUGUGUCAGAGCGACUAUGUUAAGAGCUGUUUGGUGUGA